AAUUUGUCGAGACACAAAAAGAGCUACAGUCUCAUUCCCGAGAACAUCUUGAGGCAGAGAAAGGGAGUCGUAGGACAGCAUUCUUUGUGUCAGUUCUUCCAGAGCUCCGCCAGUCGCACUCCCAGUCUUCACUCUGCUGCUGCCCUGAUUGUUCACCAGUUGAAUUGUCCCUUCAAGAAGUUCAUUCACUGCAAAGCUCUAAAAGCUCAGCCACCACAAUGGAGUCUGUUACAACAGAGCUGCCCUCUUUAAUAUUCAACGGGUCGUCAUCAGCAAGCUGCGAGCCAGUGGAUACAACCGUUGAGAACACACUGUUUGGAUGCUUCUACAUCCUGAUUUUCUUCCUGGCGCUGAACGGUAACAGUCUGGCUCUCUGGAUCUUCUCUCACCAGCGCGGCGCUUCAUCUCCAGCUAACAUCUUUUUGAUCCAUCUGGCGGUGGCGGACUUAUCAUACGUGAUCAUCCUCCCGCUGAGGGCCACCUACCACCUCACUGGAGGCCACUGGCCCUUUGGCGAGGUGCCCUGCAGAGUAACGGGCUUCUUGUUUUACGUCAACAUGUACGCCAGCCUGUACUUCCUGGCCUGUGUGGCGGGGGACCGCUACCUGGCCGUGGUUCACGCUGUGAGGUCGCUGAAGGUUCGUCGUGCUCGCUACGCUCAGAUAAUCAGCUUCUCUUUAUGGGCGCUGGUUACUGUCUCAAUGGCGCCACUGCUCAUCACCCACCAGACUGCAGAGGUGGACGGUGUGACCGUGUGUUUGCAGCUAUACAGAGAAAAAGCGUCUCGCAAUGCACUGAUCUCACUGGCUGUGGCCUUCACGCCACCUUUCCUGGCCACCCUCUCCUGUUACCUGCUCAUCAUUCACAGCCUGCACCAGGGCUCCAGGUUAGAGCCGGCCCUCAAGCUCAGGGCCCUGCGCACCAUUGGCCUGGUCAUGCUCAUCUAUGUUGUCUGUUUCCUGCCUUAUCAUGUGAGCAGGGCCACUUUCAUCCUGGGCUACAGCCACCCUGACGUCUCCUGCCACACACGCAGAGGCCUGCGCCUGGCCAACCGCCUCACCUCAUCCCUCACCUGCCUCAAUGGCGCCAUGGACCCGCUGAUCUACCUGUUUGGGGCGGAGAAGUUCCGCGGCACCCUGAUGCGAUUGUUUUGCAAAGAUCAGGCAGGAGUGUCAGGAGCCACCAGCGGAGAGUUAAAGGGAACACAUGAGAGCUCUGUGAGCGCCAAGUCUGAGUUUUGAGAAAGAGAAAUUUGAACUCCAUCUGGUCCACUGUCGAAUAAUCCAUGGAUUUCCAGCACAAGCAAAAAUUGGUCUAUCAAUUGACUGUUGUGGGCUACAAGGUGCUGUAGUGGUUAGCACUCUUGCCUCACAGCAAGAGGGUCGCUGGUUCGACUCCUACCUGCGGCUCUUCUGUGUGGAGUUUGCAUGUUCUCUUCGUGUCAGUGUGGGUUCUCAUCAGGUACUCCGGCUUCCUCCCACAGUCCAAAAAUAUGCACUUAGGUAUAAUUGGUGACUCUAAAUUGCCCGUAGGAGUGAAUGAGAGCGUGAUUGUCUGUCUCUAUGUGUCUGCCCUGUGAUAGUCUGGUGACCUGUCCAGAGUGUACCCCGCCUCUCGCCCAAUGCCAGCUGGGAUCGGCUCCAGCCCCCCGCGACCCGAGUGCGGAUAAGCAGAUAAGCGGUUAAGGAUAAUAAAUUAAUGAAUUAAUUGACUGUUGCCUUUGCCUGUCUGAAAACUAAAGGCUCAUUCCACAAAGUGGUUAUGUGCCAAUGUAGCCCCAUUAGCAUGAAUUUAAGGCCCAGUUCCACUGUCCACCUGACAUCUCCUGUGUGAGUGCAGAGGGUGUAAGGACUCCAUAUGAACAGCACUUCGUCAAAUCAAGCUACUUGGAUAGGGGCAUCCUGUGUCCAGUUCAGUGUGGGACUCCUAUUCCAUGUGUGAUGUAAUUAAUUGUAGAGAAUGUUCCCUAUUUGAAAGCAAAAUGGUACUUUGGGACCAAAUCAGCAUAUUUCAAUCAUAAGACAAACAAGUUUUUAUACUUCCAGGGACUUUCCUUAAUUUUCCUUACUUCGUCUAUGUUUUGCUUCAGUUUACGUUUUUAUGCUUCCCAAAGUCCACUGCCAUCGCAGUUGAUUUUCAUGCAUCAUGGGUUAUCUGCACAAGCAAAGUUUACACAGUUGCUGACUUGCAGAAAGUGUUUGUAAAGUCAACCAGAGAACGCUUGGACACAAGCCGUCACCAUCAAAGCCGUCAAAGCCUAAUGAGACGAUGAGGCUCCGGGCGCCUGUGACCUCAAUGAGAAUGAAGUUGUUGAGUCUACUGUUUCCACAAGCUUCUGAUUUUUGUGUCAAACACCAAAUGAUUAGAUAUGUACAUAGUCAACUUUUUUUUCUUUUUUUACUUUUUUUUGUAUCCAGUACCAAAUGUAAUAAAUACUUCUUAGCUUUGAAUACAUUUUCAUUUUAUUUUUUUUAUCAGUGUUUAUAGCCAUGGUAGCAGCAUGACUGGGGAUGGCAGUGUUAGCCGGUCAGUUGGUCGGCUGAACCACACUGAAAUAUUUUAACAAUUGAGGAUGAUUUGGAAAAACUUCUGUGACUUUUUCUGUCAUCAGUAGGUCAAAAUGUUGAUUUGUUUGAUUUGAAUAAGAGUUUAUUGCUAUAUUUUGUCAAUCAUUUGCCAGUGGACUUCUAAACUUGUUGGGCUGAGAGAUACUGUAUGAGCCUCAAUGAUGGUUUUUUGUAUGUACAACCCCAAUUCUAAAAAAGUUGGAACAUGAAAACCCCCAGAAUAUACAAUAAUUUGCUAAUCCUUUCUGACAUAUAUUCAAUUGAAAACUGUAGAAAGAAGAUAUAUUUAAACUCCUGAAACCCAUCUGGCCACUAGUGGCUUAGGAUAUGGGUAGGUCAGACCAAGGUUAGACCUUGUUUUGUUGAACUGAUGUAGUUUCAGUUGUGCUUUACUCACAUGGAAAGUAGAAGAUGAAACCUUUCUCACAUUCUUCAGUUAUAAGCUCUGAAUUCUGAAUAAGAUACUUUCUGGUUUCUUAUUCACAUUUUACACAGCAUCCCAACUUUUUUGGAAUCAGGGUUGUACAACCAUAUGAGUCACAUCCCUCAGAGACUAACCGUUUGUCCUUCAAUUGAUACACAGGUUUCCAUUUGUCCAUAGCUCUAUCUGCCUUUUGUUGCGAGGCCUCUAUCUGCUUAGAGUCAAAAGUUGGAAUUAAUCCCAAAGCUUUGCUUUCGAUAACAUUUAAGACAAACAUUUCACCUCUUGGGAACCAACAGUGGAACAUUUUUCACACAUAGAAAGACAAAGGAUAACACUGCACUUAGCCACAAAACAUUAAGAGCAUGCAUUGUAUGUACAGUACAAUCAUGUUUGCAUGCUAACACACUAAACUAAGAUGUAUGACUAAGAUAUAACUGCUUCAUGCUCAAAGCUAUGAGCUAACUGUACAGCUGUAAUGUGCAUUGUUUUUAGUUACACUAUUAGCAAAACUACAAGAAUAUGUGGCUUGUGGUCAUGUUGCUGGGGUUAUGCUCCCAAAAAUGUUUGUUUGCUUAUGUAAGCCCAUGGGGAAAAGACUUUUGAGCCCAAUGGCAUCACGUGACAGACCCUGGAGGUGUAAUUCCACUGUUUGGCCGAUAUGAAAAUUGGGUUCAAAGCCUGGCGCUCUUCCUGGUGACUUGAAAGAAAUCUCAGAUACUUGCGUUGGUGUGGUCAUUUUGAUCCACAGUCUGCAGUAAUCAGGUGGUGGAGCCACAGUAUCAAGGUCCCACCCAUACACCUGACUGACCAAUCACAAGUCAAGCACAGCUGUCAAUCAUGGCACCCCCUUUAUAUAGUAUCAAACUCUAACUUAAACCAAACCAGUCAGAAAAAUCCACUUUCACAUACAUCAGAGUGAUAAGAACUGCAUAAAAUUACAAAAAUGUCUUUCAGAAAAACUGAUUUGACAUAUACUUAUUUGGAAGUAACAUUUUUUUUUUUUUAGUUUGUCCCAUUUCCCAUCCGCUAGCACAGAGAUGACAGGAUUUAAUACUGCAACCUCAGGGGGGCGAUCAAGAUGUUUUGACAACAGUUUUGGGGAGCUGUGAUGUCCUCCAUCUUUUAUAUAAAGUCAGUGGUACUGACACUGUUCCUGUCAGAAUGAGCAGUAAUUAUGUACAGUCAUGGAAAAAAAUAUUAGCGAGAUAAUGAUUUUGGUUAUUAUCAAGAAAAUCAUUGAAAAUGGCUAGAUAUCAGCUCUUAAAUUAAAUUCUCAUGAGCUAUUUUUGUUGUUAUCAUUAUAUUUAUCCAAACAAAUGUACCUUUAGUUGUACCAGCCAUUAAAAUUAACAAGAAACUGUAGAAAACAUGGGUGGUCUAAUAAUUUUUUCCA